CGGAGCCUGCCCGCUAGUGCUCCGCCCUCUGCCCGGCUCUUGACUAUCGCCAAUGAAAAGCGCUUCUAAUGCAAUCGAUGCUCGGAAGAGCCAAUCCCACUCCUCCAGGCAUCCCUUCCUCGCCCGGGCCGGGCCCUGCCCCCUCCUAUUUCUCCUGCUUGAGAUGGGCUCAGCCAAGAGCGUCCCAGUCACUCCAGCGCGGCCUCCGCCUCACAACAAGCUGCUGGCUCGCGUGGCGGACCCCCGUUCACCCAGCGCCGGCAUCCUGCGCACUCCCAUCCAGGUAGAGAGCUCUCCUCAGCCAAACCUGCCAGCAGGGGAGCAGCUGGAGGGCCCUAAGCAGUCCCAGGACUCAGAUCCCCGCUCUCCUACCCUUGGCAUUGCACGGACACCUAUGAAGACCAGCGGAGAGCCCCCAAGCCCACUGGUGAAACAGCUGAGUGACGUAUUUGAGACCGAAGACCCCAAAUUAAAUCUUCCCCCAGAGCCUGUUCUGCCCCUAGAGACACCUUCAUCUUCUCCACUGGACUUGCCUCUGGGCACCCAGUUUUCCCUUGAGGAUCAGAUGUCACCUUGGAGCCAGACUGAACCCUCCAGGCAGGUGUUUUCCAAGGAGGAAAUAGGACAUGCCUCAGAAACCGCUAUGGCCAGCCAGGACUCAGACAAGCCCUCGAGAGACCCCGAGACUCCUUGGUCUUCAGGUUCUAAGUGCAGCAGAUGGAAAGCAAACAGCAAGGUGCUAGGGAGAUCUCCUCUCACCAUCCUGCAGGAUGACAACUCCCCUGGGACUCUGACACCACGACAGGGAAAGCGGCCUUCUCCCCUGAGUGAAAAUGUUAGGGAACUAAAGGAAGGGGCCGUUCUGGGAACUGGACGACUUCUGAAAACUGGAGGACGAGCAUGGGAGCAAGGCCAGGGCCACGACAAGGAAAAUCAGCACUUUCCUUUGGUAGAGAACUAGGGCACGCACGGCCCCAGCACUGGGACUCACCAGGGGCCUAGUGAUAUUCUGUGUCCUCUCACCCCUUCUUUCCCUGGGA